UAAUUAUCUGUCAAAGUUGCACGUGCUCGUUUAAUAAACAAAAGCUUUCUUUCGUAUUAAGUUCUAAUUUGUACCGAUUGAAAACAUGAAAAAUCGUCCAUUGAAACAUAAAACAAAAAACAUAUUCCAGUUCAAAACAUUCAGCGAGCGUAUAAACGAAGUAGAUAUUCGCCGAUCUGCCUUAUAUUAUGUCGAACACGAGAAUGAACAGUUGGAAAACAACCGUUCGUAUUUCCAUCAGGCUGUUCAAAAAUGGAGUGCUCUUAAUUUAUCGGAAGAAUUUAUACGUUUUCAUGAACCUGUUCGUGGGAUUGUGACAUUGCCGCAGUUAUUGCACAGGAAAGAGUUUGUGUUUCAACACUGGAUCAAAUGUCUUGAAAAAGCAAGCUGCCUUUCUUUACAAGCGCUUUUAGAGAUUCUAGUCGUUCUGGCAAAAGAUUUAAGAGAUGAGUUUUGUCCAUUUUUCUUUGAUAUAUUUGAUAAACUAAUCCUACUACUUGAUACAAACGAUGCUGAGCAACUUGAAUGGACACUACAUUGUUUGGCGUUUCUGUUUAAAAUACUUCGAGGAUUCCUGCGAAAAUGUUUAAAUAUGAUUUUUGAGCGAAUGGUUAUAUUACUCGAUGAUUCUAAGCCAGUCCAUUUAACUAAUUUUAGUGCGGAGUGUUUUAGUUUUGUUGCGCGUGACACUAAAAACAAACGUGAGCUCAUUUAUAUGAUAACAGCUGCGGUUGGCAGAAACCCUUCCUUAUCUACGGGUUGCGGAAGACUCCUACUGGAAAUCAUGCGUGGAACAAAUCAAAAAUUUCAUAGUUGCGCAGAGCAAUACUGGAAUCUACUUCUGGAAAUGAUAAGCGAAAAUGCGUCAACGGAAAAUGGUUACGAUCCCAGAAUUUUGUUCGGCAUUUUGAUUCAAACUGUGACUGACAUGCUUCAAUGUAUCGAGCCUACUAGUAUGAAGCAAUUUUGGAUUAUUACAUAUCAAGCUAUGGACAAACACCUUAUUGAGAAUCAAAUGAGCAAUGAAGAAGGCUUCCAUUAUGUUUUGCAGCUGGCAGGUCUUGCUUUAGAAUACCAACAUGGAAAAUUCUUGGAUGACAUUUCCGCCAUGAUAGGAAAAUUAGUAAAAACUAUCGGGGCCACAGACUCAGAGCAAAUUCUGUUAAGUGUAACUAAGAUCGCAACAAUCAUGCUCAAUUCAAAGUAUUUAAACAUCACCCAACUGCAAGCCAGUCGGUUAACAAAAAAUAUUAUGACUAUUGGCUCUCGCUCGCCGAAAAUUUUAAGGAUAUUUGUACUGAGUGUUAUCGAAUGCUCAAUAUUUGAAAAUCUGGUUUUUCCUGAUUUUCAAAAACAUGCACAAAAAAACUUUGAUCUCGAUACCCUACAAAUACUAGUUAAAAUAGUUAUGAAUAAAUCGCCUAUGAGCUGGCAUGGAAUCAAUUUGACUGAUUGGAAACAAUUCCCGGUUUUGUUAAAGAGUAACAAAGUUACGGAACGGAUAUGGCAAUUACUUAAAGGUUACCAACCAGAAGAUCGACCUGAAUUUUUCAUGUAUCUUAUUCUAUUACCCCAUUUAAAAGAUUUUCCAAUUGAUGAACGACUGAUACAGGCAGUGGAGACAGAAGUUAAAGUCGUGUUAGAUGAUAUAGAAGACAACUUUGAAAAUUAUCAACUAUUUGCUUUGAAUCUGCUUGUAGAAACACUAGUUCACUUGAAAAGUUCAGAAGUAUGCAUUUUUCUCAACACGAUCAAGCGACUGUUGCCGAUUAUUUCCAUGAGUAAAAAUGAGUCAUUCAUCGGCAUCGUGAACAUAUGUUUGGUUCAAAUAAGCCAGGAAAAUUUACAGUUUCUUGAUGAAGCUCUUUUUGAAAUAGUCCAUAGCAAUCUUUGUGACUUUUUGGCGUCUGUUCAUCAUCAAACCCGGUUAUUGGUAGCACAUAGUUUCGCUUUGUUCGGUCAUCUUAAAAAACUGAAGAUAAAGGACGAAAAUAAAACUGUAUUUGACUUACUUUUCAAUAUCGAGAAUAUAGAAACGGACAUCCACACCUAUCGUGAACAGGUAGUGCUCCUAAAAAAGCUGGAGUUUGAUGCAAAAUUUUUUCAGGCCAUUCGAGAGAAUACGUUCCGUUUGGACAUAAUGAGAUUUGUCUUAUCGAUGUUUUCAAUCAAUUUUAAAUUGCUAUGGGAAUACGCCGAGGAGGUUCUUCAAUCCUAUGCUGAUAAUUUUUCUAUUUCGGAUUUUUGGACUGUUUACAAACGUCAGUUAGAUUUUCUGUUAACAGCUGUAUGCGUGAAAUCCGUUGAAAAAAAGUCGGAAUUUAUUGAAAAGGACACCAUGGCAGAUAUAGAAGACGUCUUUUUAUUCCAACAUAAGAAAAUUGACUUCGUAAAUGUUCGAGUUCAGCUUUUAGUCAUGCUAUCGAAAUUCAGUCGGAUUUUCGAGGCAAUGAAUCGUGAAAUUGUGGAAUCAUUCAUACACUUUAUCGAAACAGAAUAUCGAAUCAAACAAGCUGAAAAAUCGGUGAAUGACGAGACUCCGAAAGCAACUCAAAAAAUUUUGAUUGCUUACCUCAACAUUUUCGCAAGCAUGAAAUCCCCAAAAACGAUAUUUAAAGCGCAACAGUUGUAUGAGCUUUUUCUAGAGUUUCUUACUCAUCGUAGCCACGAUGUGCAAAAGCUAGCCCUAGACUGUAUAUUCACAUACGACAAUGCUUCAUUAACACCAUACAAGGAUAAUUUAUAUCGCUUGAAUAACGAUAAGACAGUUAAACAGGAAAUUGCGAAUUUUUUCACGGAAUCUAUUGAUGCUGAAAAUACUAUGCGAUGCGUCGUGUUGGAAGAAGACAGAUUUGAGGUCAUACCACUGGUUAUAAAAAUUGUGCACACAAAAAUGGUGCAGAAAAACAACUCAAUAGAAAUGAAGAAUUUAUUGCUAAGAUUCGUCGGUAAUUUUCGUGAAGAGGAAAUCAAUCUUUUCUUAAACAUGUCAUUCGACUAUUUUGAAAAACUUCUGAAAUCCAAUCCUCUUGCAACAUAUGAGAAUAUAAAGGCUAGUGAAUAUGAUUUUGAAGAAGACCUACCUAUACACCGGCUGCAAACUCUUAUUAGAUUUAUGGACAGUAUCCGCGAAGAGUUCGCGGGAGUAAAGAACAAGGAAUUCAAUCGCCAUCUACUACACAUUAAAUUAUGUAUAGAUUCUAUUAUUUUGAAAAUUGAGCAUACGAGGGUGAAGCAGUUAAAAUCUGAAACUACUUUGAAUAUGGUGAAUUUUUUCGAGCAAUUUGAUGUAUACGAGUGGUCAGAUGAAGAAAUCGAAACUUUGUUUCACAUUUAUGUGUGGCCCUCACUGGACAAACUGCCUCUAGAUUGUAUUCAUUCUCCUACCCCACUUCUGAAAUUGUUUAUGGCUUGGAGCAGAAAUCCUCGAUAUUAUCUUCUUUUGUCCAAGAUAAAUCCAAGCUCAACAGUGAUUGCUACUUCUACUCCUUUAGUUAAAAUCAUAGAUUUACUGAAAAGUGAAAAGGCUAGUGAUAAUAUAUGCCAGCAGAUUUCGAAAAUGAUUACAAAUAUGAUUACACUUGAAUCAACGGAAAGCGAUAGUAGUUUGCAGAAAAUUUCAAGCACCCAUCCGAGCGAUGAGCUCGAGGCGUCAAACUUCAAUCUAAAUUUAGGAAGUCGUAUGCUUCUACCAUAUUAUAAAGAUAUUCUGGGACACAUCCAAAAGAGUAUGAAGCGCAAACGAACGAUUAAUAAGGAUCAUCUGCUUAUAUUAUCUCGAGUAACAGAGUUCAUCAAGGAGGAAGAGCUUUGUAAUACUCUGGCAGACAUGUUGUUCCCACUGGCAAUUAGAAAGUUAACUCUACCAAAUAUUGAUACGGAAUCGAUGCGUAAUAUUCAUGCAGCACUAAUCUCAUUGCUAGGAUUAGUUUCGAAGCCUGAACAACAUAUCAGAUCAAUUGGAUUGCUUUUAGAGCGUGCUAAGGAUCAUGUCAGUCGAAAAAGUAUAUGUGAGAUGAUUCAGCUGGUGGCAUCAAAAUCGGAGAAAACAGAUCUCAUACGAUGUGCCUGCAUAAUUGAAGACAUGAAUGCUAUGGACAAGCGUUGGCUUGAACAACCAGAUUAUAAGCGUCGAUUAGGCGCAUUUCGUAGUGUGGAUCAUCUAACUGAAUAUCAGGAUACUAUAGAUAUGAAUCUUGUUAUUUUAUUUGUGCAUCAAUGCUUCCACCAUUUGAAAGCGGACCAAGAUCUUGCGAUGCGUGGAAAUGCGAAUCAUUAUUUGCGGAAAAUAAUUAUUAAAACUAUAAAAAUGCAUAAAAUUCAACAACAAGCCGACGUUCAGUAUUUAGUUCAACGAGUAGUUUUAGUGGGCCUGAUGAAUGGCGUAAAGGAUAGUAAUGAAACUACAAGAAACGAAAGUGUUCAACUACUUGGUGACUUGAGUCGCGAAUGUGCUGAAUAUCACCCUGUAUUUAGUGACUUGCAUUCGUUUACUAAUAGUGCAGAUCGUGAAGUAGACUUUUUUGAUAAUAUGGUUCACCUACAGGUCCACCGUCACCGUCGCGCAAUGAUGCGAUUUUGUAAAGUGAUUAGAAACUUGGAGAAACUUCCGUCGAAUCGAACGAUGGUCGAUUUUGUGUUACCGAUUAUGUCAAUGUAUAUCUGCUCAGAGAAAUAUCGGAAAAAAUCUAAACUUACUGAAGCCGCUGGAAAAUGCAUAUCUAUAAUAGGAAGAUUGCUGCCAUGGCCUAGUUACAGAGCAUUAUUAAAGCAGUACUUGAACAAAAUGAAAAACAAUAUCGAGUAUCAGAAGCAAUUGAUAAAAAUAGUUGUGUCUCUACUUGACAAUUUUCACUUUGAUUUGUCCAAUGCGGAUACAAAUUGUUUACAGAACAAUGUUGAAUUGAAUUGUACCAAUCAAACAACAGAAGGAAUAAGUUUUAACAGUGAAGAUAUCGAAAAUGAGUACGAAGUUACAACUUGUUAUGGAAACAAUGGUUUGAAAACAGUCAGCAUAUCUUUCACACAUACAACUGUUUUGAAAAAAGAGGAUGCAAUUUCGGUAGUUGCCGACAUAUCUAAUGUGAUUAUACCGGACUUAUUCUCAACAAUCAAUUACAAAGAAUCUCAAGGCACUCAUAAACUGAAUGAGCGUAAAGAGCGAUAUGCACGCGAGAAAAAGGAAAUGCUCAAAAUUCCUGUUGCCAUUGCAAUCGUUAAAUUACUACAUAAGUUACCGGAACAAUUUAUUGAAAAUAAUCUACCAAAACUAUUCAUCAGAGUCAUCAAUUUUCUGAAAUCCAACCUAAAACAAAUUCGGAGUACUGCUCGUGAAACAUUAAAAACUAUUAUGCUUUCCGUGGAACCAGUAUUUCUUAAAAGUGUAUUGGAAAUUCUAUCAUCGGUUCUCACUCGUGGUUUUCAGGUUCAUGUUCUCAUUGCAACUGUUUUUACCAUACUGGACGCUAUGCAAGAGCGAUUAAAUUCAUCAAUUGUUGAUGAUAUUUUGCAACUUGUGACAACUUUUUGCAUCAACGAUAUCUUUGGGAGGAUUUCGGAAGAAAAGGAAAUCUUUUCUGUCACCAACAAGAUUCCAGAAGCAAAACCCAGUAAAAAAAGUUUUUUAAUAUUACAAAUAUUAUCAAGGCACAUAAGUGAAAAAUCAAUACUCGACAUAAUUCUGCCUUUUAAGGAAAUUCUCAUUAAGACUAAUACGAAAAAAACAGUUUCGAAAGUACAAGAGGUUUUAAACAAAAUAGCAGAAGGAAUUUGUACUAAUCAAUACAUUAGCGUUGAAGCUAGACUAAUUCUAGUGUUUGGUAUAAUUUCCGAAAGUAUACCCAAUCUUGCACACGACAGUAAUAGUUUAUCAACAAGACAGAAAGAACAAAAUAAACUUGUGAAGCAAGAUGUAUAUAUCAUUCCUCCGGAACCGAAAAGAAGAGGCAUGGGGAAUAUAGAAACUCUCGCUAAUGUCUCGAAAGCAAACUCGCAUGUGCUAGUAGAAAUGGGUUUAGUAAUGUUAUAUAUGAUGAUUAAAAAAAAUAAUGUUCUGUCUGUUGAAUAUGAGCAAUUUCUAGAACCGAUGAUUCCUAUCUUGGUUGAUUCAAUGAGCAGCAAUCAUAGUAAGAUUUCCAUUCUUGGCAUAAAGUGCAUUGCUUCCGUUUGGUCCAGCAGAAUCCACAUAUCCUGUCUUGAGCAGCAUAUAAACAAAAUUGUGGAUAAUUUACUAGAAGUGUUACACAAGUACGCAACAGCAACAAUAGGAAGAAAUGAUGAUAAUUAUCAACUGGUGAAACAUGGCUUCAAAGCAGUGGUCGCGUUGUUGAAGUUUGUAAAGUAUUACACUAUAGGAAGUGAACAACUCAAAUUGUUACUGAUAUACGUUGAACACGAUCUGAAUCAUCCUGACCAACAGAAAAUGGCAUUAAUUUUAUUACGCUCGAUUAUCGGACGAAAGCUUAUAGCUAAGGAAAUGGCGUCCAUUAUCAAACAAGUAGCUGAGUUCAGCAUUAACAGUAAUGUAGAAAAAUUCAGAGCGGAGUGCCGUAGAGUUGUGCUAGAGUAUUUGUUGAGUUACCCAUUAGGACCUAAGGUGGAGCUUACCAUUCAAUUUUACGUUAAUCAAUUAGAGUACGAAGUACUUUCAGGACGCGAAUCCGCUGUGUUGAUGCUAAAAUCAAUGUUCACUGCAUUCCCGACGGAAUUUCUCUAUUCCAAAGGCAGCGUAAUCUUCCUUUCACUGGGCAUUCGAUUAAUCAACGAACAGUCUUCUUCAUGCCGUGCUCUAGUGGCAGAUGCUUUGGAAGCUUUACUGAUUCGACUGGGUAUGAAAUAUCAUGACGAAUUAAUCGAAUUUAUUCUGAUUUUGUUGCAAAAUAAAAAACUUAACCAUAGAGAACUUGGUGCACAAUUCAUCACGCGACUUAUAACGGUCGAAAAAGAAUCAUUUGCAACACGGGUAGAUAAGAUAUUUCCAGCCUUACUUUCAUCUCUGAAUGAUUUGAGUUCCGAAAGUGCGGGAAAAUUUGUUCGAAUAAAGCGUUUUGAAUCACAAGAUGAAAAUGACAAAGAGGCUCAAAAAAUGAAAGAUCAUUCACUGUUCCAAACGUUAAAUGUUUUAAACCAGAUGGUUGAAGCAUGUCCGGAAAUUGUUUCUAAUAGUAAAUAUUCUGUGUUGAUGGAUGAGUUGGCAUAUAGUCUUCAAGCACUGCUUUCCUAUGGCCAUCAAUGGGUUCGAUUUGGUGCACUUCAAUUACUUGGCGUCAUCCUUAGUGCUAUUAAAACGGAUUCUAUUUUCAAAACUCAGAAUAGUAAUGAACAUUCUUUGAAUCGCCGGUUCAUAUACAGCUACCCUCAUGCAGACAUUCGUUCUCUUGUUUUGGAUAUGUGUAGUCAGUUGAACCCAGGAGAAACGGAUGAUGCCACAGCUCAACUUAUAGCUCAAAAUCUUCUACUGAUAACGAGUAUUCUGCGUGAAAUACCAUUAGAAACUAGCAACGUAGGAAAUAAGAAUAUCGAUUUGAAAUGGAUCCUGCGAAGAGUACGAUAUGUGAUACAAAGCGAAGUUGCGAAAUCACCAAAAUCGAUUUCCUUGCGUAAAAACAUGUUCCAGCUUAUGGAAGCAAUUGUCAAUAUGUUAGAUGGAGAUGUAUUAAUUUGUUUAGCUUCGUCAAUGUUGUCACCAGCACUACGAGAACUGACUGACAAAGAUCAUGUGAAUGAUGAGAUAAAGCAGAUAGUCGAAAGGCUGGGAAUUCAGAUUAAAACCAAAAUUGGUAAGGAUCAGUACGAUAGUAUAGUUCUAACUAUGCAUUCGAAGAUUGAAGAAAAACGUCGUGCUCGACAGCAGAACAAUGCAAUAGAUAAAAUUAAUAAUCCUCUUCAUGCUGCGAAAAGAAAAAUGGCAGAUAAAUUCCGUAAAAAAGAAGCCAAGAAACGCAAAGUUGAUAUGCUAACACAAGUUGGCAAGCGGGUAUUUAAUGAAAAGUCUAAAGGAAAAAGGAAAAAUAGGCGUUUGGAGGACUUAUUUCAAAGCACAUAGCGAUCUAGUGGUGGGUACGACUGUAAAUUUGAUAAUACUUAGGUUUAAAAACCGCAUAGACAAUAUA